CAGCACUGCAUGUAUCUGUGUGUAUGUGUUUCUCCUGUGCUGACUCAUGGCCUUGAAGCUUCUCUGGAAACACCCCCACCCUUCCAGCCAGCCAGUUUACACACACCCUUCAGCUCCUCCUUGAUUGAAAUGUUCAGGCAAGAGGAAAAAGGAAAACAAAUUCAAGAGCUCCUCUUAGAUGGCUAGAAUUUUCUAUGACCUAUCCCUUAAGAGAAGAGACCGGCCCCAGAUCUGACACAGUCCACUAAAAGCUAAACUCUCUUCUCAAAGUAACGUUUCUUGAGCUUGUGGAUAAAACUGGAAGAAGAGUCCACAAUUAUUGUGGCCUCUGGAAGAGGUGGCAGGCCGACAACUGACAAUAAAAACAGAAAGAUGGCAAACUUAAGGCUCAGCACUGAAGCAGACCCUGAAAUUGAGCUUUUUGUGAAGGCUGGAAGUGAUGGGGAGAGUAUUGGAAACUGUCCCUUUUGCCAACGUCUUUUCAUGAUCCUCUGGCUUAAAGGAGUUAAAUUUAAUGUGACUACUGUUGACAUGACCAGAAAGCCUGAUGAGCUGAAGGACUUAGCCCCAGGUACCAAUCCUCCCUUCCUGGUGUAUAACAAGGAGUUGAAAACUGACUUCAUUAAAAUUGAGGAGUUUCUAGAGCAGACACUGGCUCCUCCAAGGUAUCCUCACCUGAGUCCCAAGUACAAGGAGUCCUUUGAUGUGAGCUGUAACAUCUUUGCUAAGUUUUCAGCAUACAUUAAGAAUACAAAAAGGGAAGCAAAUAAGAAUUUUGAGAAGUCUCUGGUUAGAGAAUUUAAGCGCCUGGAUGACUAUUUAAACACCCCCCUCCUGGAUGAAAUUGACCCAGUCAAUGCUGAGAAACUUUCAGUUUCCAGAAGAUUGUUCUUGGAUGGGGAUCAGCUAACACUUGCCGACUGCAGCUUGUUACCAAAACUGAACAUUAUUAAAGUUGCUGCCAAGAAAUAUCGUGACUUUGACAUUCCAGCAGAAUUCUCAGGAGUCUGGCGCUAUCUCCACAAUGCUUAUGCCCGUGAGGAAUUUGCCCACACUUGUCCUGAAGACAAAGAAAUUGAAAAUACCUAUGCAAGUGUAGCUAAACAGAAGAGUUAAGACAGCUCUUUCAGAAGAAAAAGCUCACUUGGCUAUUAAUUUUUACCUUCUGACAUAUUAGAAAGAUUGUUGGAAAUAGUAAUAUGAAAAAUACUAUUGUUCCUUUGUCCAACUCA